AUGCAGUCAGACGGUGCAGCAUACUGUGCAGACAGACGAUGCAGUCAGACGGUGCAGCAGACAGGGCGGACAGACAGGCAGCAGACGGUGCAGCAUACUGUGCAGUCAGACGAUGCAGUCAGACGAUGCAGUCAGACGGUGCAGUCAGACGGUGCAGUCAGACGGUGCAGUCAGACGGUGCAGUCAGACGAUGCAGUCAGACGGUGCAGCAUACUGUGCAGUCAGACGGUGCAGCAGACAGGGCGGACAGACAGGCAGCAGACGGUGCAGCAGACGACGGGGACUGGAAAUCCUGUUUAUGAGAACUUCUACAGACAGGUGGAUCCUGACAACACCGGCAGGGUAGGACCGACAGAAGCAGCCCUGUUUCUCAAAAAGUCUGCACUUCCUGACAGCACCUUGGGAAAGAUUUGGGAUUUAGCUGAUCCUGAGGGAAAAGGCUAUUUGGACAAACAGGGGUUCUAUGUUGCUCUCCGUCUGGUGGCCUGUGCGCAGAGCGGUCAUGAAGUCAGCCUCUCUAGCAUCAACCUGACAGUCGCCCUUCCAAAGUUUAAGGACAGCAGCAGUCCCUCUCUGUCCUGUGAACCCCUCUGGGCCGUCAGGCCUGAGGAGAAGAAUAAGUUUGAUGGGAUCUUUGAAAGUCUGGCUCCUGUCAAAGGCCUGCUGUCAGGUGAGAAGGUCAGACCUGUCCUCAUCAACUCCAAGCUUCCUCUGGACGUCCUUGGGAAGGUUUGGGACUUGAGUGACAUUGAUAAAGAUGGCCAUCUGGACAAAGAUGAAUUUGCUGUGGUGAGUGACAAUGACUGCUUAGUGACGCAGACAGAAGGACAUGUUGCUGCUGCUCAAGGAGAAUCUGUGACUCUGGGAUGUGAAUACCAGACUAGUUAUUCAUCCCCCACCUUGUUCUGGUACAAAAUGGAAGACAAUGGUUAUCCAAAGUACAUGCUAAAGGGAUUCCCAACAGGAGGAGAAAAUUCUCCACAUUUCAAUGACAGAUUCACUGCUGUCCUCAACAGUAACAGUAAAUCCUUUAAUCUGAUGAUCCAGGAUCUCCGUUUGUCUGACUCUGCUGUGUACUACUGUGCUCUGCAGCCCACAGUGACAGGAAACACCAGAACUCUGUACAAGAACCUGCAAUACUCCACUAUAUCCAUAAGAGGAAAUUGUGAAAUCUAUGACAUAUACAGAAAUACAUUUUUAUUAUGGGGGAACCAUGAAGGACGGUCAAGCAGUAGGACGCCGAAACAAGCCACUGGAAGCUGCAGGGUGGUCCUGUGGAGCAUCCAGCUGCAACAAGGCAGAAGAGAUGCGCGAGCUGGCUUCUGA